AUGAGGCUCCGGACGCUCCUCCUCACUGUGUCCAUCCACGGGAUUGUGAUGUUUCUGCAUGUUCUGGGAAGACUCAAGGAUAACGUCAAAGAAAUCAACCAGUGCUGGGUACAGCCUCCAAAAACAUUCUGUGGAUCAAGGUGCACGAGGGUGCUGAGAUGUUUGAGACCAAACCAAACGUGCUGCUGGACGUACUGUGGAAACAUCUGCUUGGACAAUGAAGAACCCUUUAAAACCCUGAUGAAACUCUAG